AUGACUCUACUACUCGCAUUGUCUGCCAAGUUUGCAAUCGGCAAGGGCACAGUGCUCUCACUUGUCUCUACAGGUCCUUCUCCCACUUUCUCAAGACCAUCAUCUUCAUCUUUCUCUUCUCCAGCUCCACCAUCAACAACACAUGCUGCUUCCUUGCCUGUUAAUCAGCCUCCUGCACACUCAAUGGUGACAAGGUCUUGGGCUGGUGCUGUUCAACCACGACAAUUCACGGAUGGUACCAUAAGAUAUGAACGGAUUUUUGAUCACCUAGUUGAGGAGAUGAUGUCUCAAGAACUUGCUAUGAAAGCCAUUUUGUCAAAUGCUGAGCUUUUGGUGUUUACUUCUUUGGAACUACCAUCACAAUGUUGGAGAUUUCAGGGCAAAUAUUAUCUCUGGGGAGUCUUUAGAGGAAAACAGGUGCACGCACACAUUGUGGAUAACCAUCUUACCGAUUCAAUUGGAGGUGACAAACCCGUCUUGUAUUCAGAUUGUUCAAAACAUAUGGAUAUAAGCGGGGGAAAAAACACCAUGAAAACCAAGAAUUGGGAUGCUCGAAGUCCUCUUAGUCCAUUGAGCGACAAUGGUAAUUAUGGUUUGGCCACUUUUUUGUAG